AUGAUUCGAAGGGAUAGAACGAAAGUCAAGCCGUACGAUAAAAUUGAGCCAAAGUCCUCAGGCUCUCAAGGAUUGAUGGGCAGACUGCGGAGGAUUUUUUCACGCUCUCCGCAGCCCUCUCGCGAUAACACCGUGGCCGAUGUUUCGAAUCUCUCGAAUGUUUCAAACCUCUCAGUGCUAAGUGAUGCCAAUCCAAAUAAAACGCUUUCUGAGUUUUUCAAAAGCAAAGGAGAUGCUCCUCUCAACGACAUCGAAGUGGAAGGAGUGCUUUCUCUUAUCAAUAAAGUGCACCAGCAAAACCAAUCGCAGCUUGAGACAUAUCGUCAAUCUCAGACUGAGUCUCAGUUUUUGUCGUCCUCUGGACUCAAACCUAAUGAAAGUAGCUUUUUCGGCAACUCGACCAUAUUGCGACCUGCAUCUGUGAAGCCAACUGCCAAAGUUGACGUCCCUACAUAUACUCCUAAAGAGGAUAAGAUUACUCGGCAUCCGCAGCCAUUUCCAACGACGAUCAAAAAACGUGUGGUUCAAUAUUCAAGCUUGCCUUCGCCUUACCGGAUGAGACUUGAGACGCCUGUUAAACCACGUGUGGAGAAAAGGCAAAUAAGGAGCAGAACUGCUAACAAAGUGUUGAGCAUAAUAGAAAACCCAGAGGCGCUGGAAGAGGAGGACAAGGUUCUGGACGAGCAAACAACUCCAGGCGCGAAGUUCAAGCCCAAUUCGUCUAAUGCUGAGCAGAAACAACUUCCAAAGGAAAACAAGGUGCUUAAGGAAGAGCCAGAGAUUAUAGAGAUCGAUUCUGAAGACGAUGUGCCAGAACAGAAGUCCGAGCCUAAGCCAGAGGCAGUGAAACCUGUGCAACCAGUGCAAAUUGUGCAACCCCAAAAGCCUGAAGAGAACAAACUCGCAGCCGAUGCACCAUCUACUGCAUUGCCGCCUAUUACUGCUUCCCAAGGUGCCGAGCCAGUGGAGCAAUAUAAAGCCAAAAUUGAAGAGUUGCCUCAAGACACGCCUGUCGAGCCAGCUGUUGUUUCCAAGCCUGAGGCGGUUCCUGAAGAGCUACAGAAGCCCAAGUUCACCUUCAGACCAGCCGAAGCGCAGCCAUUCGCUCCUAACGUCCCUCCAAAGCCUUCAUCUUUGGAGAUUAUUGAGAAAUUCACAUUCCCAGAGGUUGAGACCCCAAGCUCACCUGAGACACCAUUCCUGCCGCUGCCACAGCCAACGGUUAUCGACCACUUCUCUUUUCCAGAUGUUGAGAUGCUGGAUCCUGAAGCGCUUAACAGCAUUAAUCCAGAAGCUGUCAAACUGUAUAGCUCUGUGUUCACGUUCUGA